CACCCACUCACACAACAGAGCUCACAAAGAAGUUUCCAAGCCCAUGACACCAAGCUCAUAUGAAGGUGUGGGGGAAAACAGACAAUGCAUUUGUUUAGUGCUCAUGUUUUUUAGCGUACUGUGUAAUAAUUCGUUGACUCUUUUUUUGGUGGAUUUGUGGAUCCAGCGAGUGUUCUUCAGAAACGUUCCAUAAUCAGCAAAGGAAAGCAGAAGUAAACUCUCCCACUGGCUCUGUCACCUACAAGCUCAUUUUGAUUAUCCGACCUGAAACAAUGAAUACAUCUGUUGGAGAUUUACCUGGCAACUGCAGUACCCCAGCAGACUACCAGUUCUACCUCUUCCCAGCCGUCUACAGUCUGGUGAUGGCACUGGGCCUGCCAGGAAAUGUGGGAGCCCUCUACAUGUUCAUCUUCAAGAUCACUCCGCGCACCUCCUCUAACGUGUACGUGAUCAACCUGGCCCUAGCCGACACCGCCAUCCUCUGCACCCUGCCCUUCAAGAUCCACUACUUCCUCAACAAAAACGACUGGGUAUUCGGAGACAUGGCUUGCCGCAUUACAGGAACACUGUUCUUCGCCAACAUCUACAUCAGCAUUGCCUUCAUGACCUGUAUCUGUGUGGAUCGAUACACGGCCGUCACCCGUCCUCACAUCUAUCUGAGGCUCCGGAACUCGUGUUAUACUGUAGUGGUGAGUGUGGCGGUGUGGGUGGUGGCGGGCGUGGCUGUUCUGUCCUUCAUCCGAGUGGGACCUCUGGACAGCAAACCUGGCGGAGGUCUCCCCCAUCGCCGUAGCUGCUUUGAGAACUUUUCAAAGCACGAGUGGGACAGGCGUGUGGCGCCGUACAGCUUAUUCAGUCUCGUCUUCGGCUCGCUACUGCCCUCUGUGGUCAUCUUGGUGUGUUACCCUCUGGUGGCACGGCGCAUCGCUCUCAUCCGGACCAACACGGCCCGCGGAGCCCUGAGGGUCAUCUACAUCAUCCUGGCUAUCACCCUGCUCUGCUUCCUGCCGUACCAUGUGGUUCACUUCCUGCACCUGCUCCGCCGUCAAGGGGCCAUCCACUACUGUCCCCAUGCCAAUGCCAUCUACAAUGCCCGGCAGGUGACCCUGGCUCUGGUCAGCCUCAACAGCUGUCUGGACCCCCUGCUCUACUACUUCACCACUAGUCGCUGUAAUUGGAGUCCCUCCAUGGCCAGGUUCAGAUGGAUUUGGGCCAGGAGGAAUAGGGGGCGCUAUACCAUUGCUGUGGGACAGUGAAUGGUUUGGAUAAACUGGCUCCAACUGUAUCCUAUCAGCUAAUGUAAUUGUAUGCUUUUUAUAUUCUACUCACAAACUCUGAAGCACUUGGUGAAGCAGUUUUUUUUCCAUCGUAAACCACCAACCUUUGCAUACAUGUACAGUUGAAGUCGGACGUUUACAUACACCUUAGCCAAAUACAUUUAAACUCAGUUUUUCACAAUUCCUGACAUUUAAUCCUAGUAAGAUUCCCUGUCUUAGGUCAGUUAGCAUCACCACUUUAUUUUAAGAAUGUGAAAUGUCAGAAUAAUAGUAGAGAAUGAUUUAUUUCAGCUUUUAUUUCUUUCAUCGCAUUCCCAGUGUGUCAAAA